GCGGCAGCGUAAUGAACAUGAGGUGUGGAGGAAGGUAGUGCUCAGUCGGCUGCCAGCACCCAGUGAGGCAAGACGCGCCCCGCUCUACUCCUCGGUCACAUACACAUAUCCUAACAGACACAUUUCUGUCUUCAAGAUAUAGUACAUCAAACUGCUCAUCUGUGACCUGGCAACUUUAUACUGGGAAUGCAAGUGGGCAUCUUUCCAACCUGUAGUGUUGCAUCUUCAGUGUGGUGGUUGUGCUGAAGUGACACAGGCGCUGCGAUGACGAAACUCCAGCAGGCAGAGAUGGCGAGUAUCCAGCAAGUUAGAGACGCUGUGGACGGCAACAACAACAACAACAACAACAGCGAAGGGAGUGAUCAAAAUUCCCUGUCAUCAGGAGGAUGCGGAGGAAAAUACUUACUUCGCCCUCGCUCUGUUCGAGCGUUGCGUCGGUGCGACAGUGAGUGGAGCUUACAAGAUAACAGAAGACAGAAAUCCCGUCCUGCGCCGCUGUCAAAGUACCGUAGAAAAACAGCCAACACACGUGAAAGGUAUCGAAUGAGGCAGAUCAACACAGCCUUUGAGAAGCUCAGGAAAAUCCUCCCUGCUUGCGGCAACCCUCGCGGCAACACCUCUGAAAUGACCAAGAUCACCACCCUCAAGUAUGCAUGUGCCUACAUCAGGUCACUUCAGGACGUCCUGGACGACACAGUGAACCAACACCGACUAGAAGGAGGAAGCCCGGGCCAGGACUCCUGUCCAUGGAUGUUUUCUGGAGUACUGCAGGACGCCCAGUUGCUUCAGGGCCCCGCGGGAAGCACCUGCCACGCCUCUCAAGGAAAGACUCAGCUUCUGGGAUCUCAGAACGACCCUGAAACGGAUCUGAUGUCACUGUUGUGUGACUCGACUGAUUCAGGAAUAUUUGAUGACGGUCUGGGGUCAUACCUGUCACCGCUAAACGAGACGGACGAGGUGACAUUGCUACUCCUCGGUAGUGACGCGCCCUCCUGGCACGAUCAGACACACCAACAAUUUGCUGUCUGCUGAUAGUGACAGUUUAUCGUGUUUUUGGUGAAGAAAACCCCAGAUAGUGAUGGACCCACGAAUAACAGUCAACAUUUACGCAAGUGUCAGUGGUGGCGAGGUUUUAUGAAGAUGAGUGGAGUAUCAGUGCGAAGUGUUAAAGUACAAGAAACAUAAAUAUAUUAUAUGUUUUGGGGAAAAAAAUCGGCUUUUUUAGGUUCAUAAAUACAGUACGAAUCGAUAAACUGACCAACCGGACAUGAGGUGUGACAGGAUGCAAGUGACAGGAAUGGUAUCAUGUUUUCUGAAGUAAAUGUUUUCUACAAUAUAAGAAAUGACAAAGUGUCCUUGAAGCAUGUAGGUAAUAACGUAGAAAGUACAUUAAUUUACUCAUAGAAAGGAAAAAGUGUGAAAAAAAAACGUAUUGGUGUGAAGUUAGGAAGGCGCCCUAAUGUCUCUCUGCCGUUCUUUCCUCAGAACAAACAGGAUUGUGCAAGAACUGUGUGUCGCCUACAGUCGUGAACCUUAGUGUGGACUGACCCUGGCCACAGAGAGGUCUGAGAGGCGCUACUCAAAUCUAGUCAGAACGUGGGUGCCAUACACAUGAGGAGCCGCGUGGUCGGCGGGAGUGUGGUGGUCAGGGCGAUGGUUGUUGCACCGGCACGGAGAGUUCACCGUCACGCCAGUGUUGUAGGUCCUGUGUCUUAUUUUAUAAUUGCUGAUAAUUUUCUAUGGGUUUUACUAGAUAAAUAAAAUGAACUUUUCUACCUU